CAUCAUCCUCAUCAUCAUCCAUCAUCCAUGAGUCCGAGUCUGACAUGAUCUCCAUUAUUAUCAUUCUCCCAGUCCCCAGUGCAGUGAAUCAUGAUCCACACAGUUGGAUUGGACUGGGCUCUUCUUUCUCUAUUCCAUUCUAUUCCAUGCCCUGUGGCAUACAUCCAUACAUACAUACAUACGUACAUCCGUGGAAACCCCAACCAACCAACCAACCAACCCACCAACCAGUCCCGUCCCGUCCACAUCUACACAACAUCAACAAAUCCACUUUUACCCUUCCCAGCUAGGCUAGACAACCUCUCCUCCUCCUCCAUUCAAUCCAAUCCUAGGGUUCUAGAGAAGGAUGGUAGGAAUGAGACCGGGGAGGAAUCCAGCGUAGUUAGCUACACCGUCCGUGCUGACGAUGGAAGGAACCGCACGGGAUCCUCGACGAAGAUUCCAUCGGGCUAGACAAGGCACAAGGCAGGAGGAGACCCCGACUCGGUCCUGGAUCCGAUGUUAAUGGGAAUGGGGAAUGGGGAAUGUCGUCGACACUUGGUCUUGGUCCAGUUGUCCCGAUUGGUCGCCGGGGAGGGAGGAGGACGGCUUUAUGGAUAUGAACCUGAAUAUGGAUAUAGAUAUGGAUAUGGAUAUGGAUAUGCCGGGCUCGGACUAUGCGAU